UAUCAGCACCAUUUUGGUCACACUGCGGACAGGUAGUUUUUGUUUAUGCGGUGUCGGAAAUGCGAAAAACAAUUUAAAUGGAUAUGGAAACGCAAGUCAUAGACACCGUCAACGAGUUUUUGAAGGUGGACUCCAUUGACGAGGCGUUCGUCAGCGUCAUUGUAUUCAAGCCAAACAGCGAACAUGAAAGGGCCACCAGUUUUGCCAAUGAUUUGGUCACCGCCUUUGGGAACGUGGCGCAGGAGAACCGGGAGCAGGUGCUUCGGCUUUACCUGCUGCGUGCAGCCGGCGCCUCCGGCUAUCACAUUAAGGUGCUGAUGGCGGCACUGGUCAAGCUGGUGGAUGCACAUGUAAUUACCGCCAGGAUGCUCUGCGACAAGGUGCUGAUGUGCGAGAAACUGGACUUCGAGCACAAGACUUUCUGGAUCGAAAGCUUCCGGCUGAUCAAGCGCGUGAUCGUCCAAGUGGACUACAAGGGUGUGCGCGAGAUCAUGAAGGUGUGCCGCGACAAGGCUCAGUGGUUUCCCCUGAACGUCAACGUGACCUACAUGCCGCAGCUAUUGGCCGUCGAAGAUAUACUGCGCUUCAUCUUCGAUCGCAACAAUUGCCUGCUGCCCGCCUACUUUAUUGCCAACGAGAUUAUGCGUCCGUUUCCUUACCACUGGAAACUCAACCGACUGAUGACCGACUUUGUCGAGGAGUUUCGCACCACGGCACAAAUGGUUUCGAUCAUCGGGCAUGCCAGCAUGCUUCCCAUCGUAGAGCAUUUCGGCUACGCCGAUCAUAUGAUGAACUCCUGGCGGCUAGACCACAACACCCUGAAGUUUAACUUUAAGGGCAGCCUGCCCUACGAGCCAGAGCUACUGGAGGAGCAGAAGCCGCUACUCCGCUACGUUUUGGAGCAGCCCUACUCGAGGGAAAUGGUCUCCCAAAUGCUGAACUUGCAAAAGCAUCAGAAGCAGCGCUACAAUGCCCUCGAAGAGCAGCUGGUUAAUCUCAUAGUACAGGCCAUGGAGAUGACGGAGGCGAAUGACGCCACUGCGGGCAGUGGCUUUAACUCCUCAGAUGAGCAGAUCACGCCCUACGAGUGGGUGUGGCUGCAUCUCUCUUCACAACUGAUUUACUUUGUGCUUUUCCAAUUUGUGAGCUUUAUGCACAUAGUGUUGGCCCUGCACGAAAAGCUUUCCAAGCUGGAGCUCCGCAAGGGCCGUGAUCAACUGAUGUGGAUUCUGUUGCAGUUCAUAUCCGGAAGCAUACAGAAAAAUCCUAUCACCAACUUCCUGCCUGUGUUCAGGUUGUUUGACCUACUCUAUCCCGAGCUAGAGCCACUUAAGCUGCCCGAUAUCAACAAAUCCUCUAUGGUUCGCCAUAUGGCUCCCAUUUGCGUGUGGAUUCACCUGAUGAAAAAGGCCCGAGUGGAGAAUAUGAACAUCACAAGGCCAUUGCCCAUUGCACUGAAAAACCAUUACGACUUUCUGCAGCACCUGGUCACGGCUAACACCAUGAUGAACAUGACUUUGGGAAACGACUUCCGUAUUAUUCUCAUCUGCAAUGCAUAUUCGACAAAUCAGGAGUACUUCGGUCGUCCCAUGGGCCUGCUGCUAGAUGCACUAAAUGGCACUUCAAAAUCUCCGAACGGAGGCCAGAUACCAGCCGUAACUUUUUCUGUCACGGUUCUGGACAGCCUAACCGUGCACAGCAAAAUGUCGUUAAUUCACAGCUUCGUAACUCAGAUGCUAAAGCAGGCCCAAACCAAGGGUCAAGUUCCAGCGGCUGCACUACUGGAAACAUAUGCCAGACUUCUGGUUUAUACGGAAAUCGAGUCACUCGGUAUAAAGGGAUUCCUGAGUCAAUUGAUGCCAACAGUAUUAAGGAACCAAGCGUGGGCCAUGCUGCACACUUUGAUGGAGAUGUUUUCGUACCGACUGCACCAUGUGCCUACGCACUACCGCGUUCAAUUGCUUUCUCUUCUCCAUUCUCUUUCCUCCGUACCGCAGACAAACAAGAUGCAGCUUAAUCUGUGUUUUGAGUCCACCGCUCUUCGUCUGAUCACCAGCAUUGGAUCCGCCGAGUUUCAGCCCCAGUUUUCGCGUUACUUUAACGACAAAUCGCCCGGAGCCGUGGCGUCUAAUGAGAGCGAAGAGCUAAACAGAGUCCUUAUCCUUACGUUAGCGCGAUCCAUGCACGUACAUGGUGGUGGCGAUGAGAUGCAGGGGUGGUGCAAGGACUUCCUUUCCAACAUCAUUCAGCACACGCCACACUCGUGGCCCAUGCAUUCCCUUGCCUGCUUUCCGCCCGCCUUGAACGAGUACUUUACGCAGAACAACCAGCCUCCGGAGAACAAGCAGCAGCUGAAGAAGGCCGUGGAAGAGGAAUAUCGAACCUGGACGUCGAUGACCAACGAAAAUGAUAUAAUUGCGCACUUCCUGCGUCCAACUACAAAUCCGUUAUUCCUCUGCCUUCUGUUCAAAAUAAUUUGGGAGACGGAGAACAUAAGCCCUGUGGCUUACAAGAUCUUAGAGGGUAUUAGCGCGAGAGCCUUGUCCACUCACUUGCGCCAACUUUGUGACUAUUUGGUGGCUGAGGUGGCUAGCUCAUCGGAUGGCCGCGACUUUAUUCACAAGUGCGUCGACACGAUUAACAACAUGAUCUGGAAGUUCAAUGUUGUGACCAUCGAUAGGGUUGUGCUUUGCCUGGCUCUGCGAACGCACGAGGGUAACGAGGCUCAAGUCUGCUUUCUCAUAAUCCAGCUGCUGUUGCUAAAAGCCAGCGAGCUGAGAAAUCGUGUUCAGGAGUUCUGCAAGGACAAUAAUCCUGAUCACUGGAAGCAGAGCAACUGGCAGGACAAGCACUUGUCAUUCCAUCAAAAGUAUCCAGAGAAGUUCGCCUUGGACGAGUCAGCUUCGCAGAUUCCGCUGCCCGUGUACUUCAGCAAUGUGUGCCUGCGAUUUCUACCCGUUCUUGAUGUGGUUGUGCACAGAUUUAUCGAACUUACAAUUACAAAUGUCCACCAGAUAUUGGGCUUCAUUUUGGAUCAUCUGAGCAUUCUCUAUAAGUUUCACGAUCGCCCUAUUACCUAUCUGUACAACACUCUCCAUUAUUAUGAGCGAAUCUUACGUGAUCGCCCUGCGCUAAAGAAGAAAUUGGUGGGCGCUAUUACCAGCGCCUUUAGUGAGAUUCGUCCGCCCAAUUGGAGUGUUAGUGAGCCGUAUAAGGUGUAUUUGCAGAGCCAAGACUCGCUGUGGACCCCCGAAUUGAGCUACUAUAUGAGUUUGAUCAGGAGACUUGCAGACACGAUCAGUGGAAAGAAUGUAUUUUACUCCACCGACUGGCGUUUUAAUGAGUUUCCAAAUGCCCCAACCCAUGCGCUUUAUGUGACCUGCGUGGAACUGCUGGGUCUGCCGGUGGCACCGCCAUUGGUGGCCAGCAAUCUCAUUGAUGUUAUAGUCAGCGGAUAUGCGGUUAUUCCGCAGAAGGAUAUUCAUAGCUAUAUCAAUGCUGUGGGCAUUGUUCUGGCUGCAUUGCCAGAGGCCUACUGGAGUGGCAUAUACGAUCGCCUACAGGAUAUGCUCAACACACCUAAUAUGCUGAAUUGGACCUACAGAUUCAAUGCUUUCGAGUUGUUUAACUUUAAGACAGUGCGCGAGGCGAUGCUGGAGAAGACCUACGCCGUGGUGUUGGCAGUAGCUCAUUCAGUGUUUCAUCACAUGGGCGCCUUUAAGCUGGCGGCCAUGACCAGGUACCUCAAGGAGAAGCUGAAGCCGUGCGUGCGAACCGAGCAGCAAUUGCUCUAUCUGUGUCAUGUCUUUGGACCCUUCCUGCAGCGCAUAGAGUUGGAGAAACCGAACGCUGUGGCUGGCAUUGCCGUGUUGCUAUACGAAAUUCUCGAGAUCGUGGACAAGCAACAUGGUCCAAAGCCCUUGCAGUACAUGGACCAGAUUUGCGAUUUCCUCUACCACAUUAAAUAUAUACAUGUGGGUAAUAUCAUUAAGAACGAAUCGGAAGCCAUCAUUAAGCGACUACGACCCCUGCUACAAAUGCGUCUUAGGUUCAUCACCCACCUUAACUUGGAGGAUAUUCACUCCGAAAAGAUCAACGACAAUGCCAGCAGUAAUGCUGUAACAAGUCAAACGCAGUCCCCACUGCAAACCCAGCAUCAACAGCCGCAGCAGCAACCGCAUCAGCCGCAGCAACCGCAACCGCAUCAGCAACAACAGCAGCAGCAACAACAGCAACAACAGCAGCAACAGCAGCAGCAGCAACAACAAAUGCAGCAGCAACAAAUCAACGCAGUGCAAACAACCAGCGUUCCCCUGGGCAGCGGUGGCAGCCUACAGCAGCAGCAGCAAAUCAACCAGCAGCAACAGAUGUACAUGCAGCACAUGCAGCAGCAGCAGCAUCAGCACAUGCAAAACAUGCGACACAACUAGACUUUGUGAGACUAUCAAUUAAGUUCGAGCGGACGUAACGACAUAAGCCUAAGUUAAAAGUAGUAUUAUCUUAAAUUGUACCGCUUACUGCAUUAUUCAUUUUCCAUAUAAUGUGCAAACAGUUCUCAGAUAUGUUAAGCAAGAGACU